ACUUACUCUGGGUUGUUCUGUGUGGUGAUAAACCCCUACAAAAACCUGCCCAUCUACUCCGAGAAUAUCAUAGAGAUGUACAGGGGGAAGAAGAGACACGAGAUGCCACCACACAUCUACGCCAUCUCAGAGUCAGCAUACCGCUGCAUGCUACAAGAUCGUGAAGACCAAUCAAUCCUUUGCACAGGCGAGUCGGGCGCCGGCAAGACAGAAAACACCAAAAAGGUCAUCCAGUACCUGGCCCAUGUCGCCUCGUCACACAAAGGACGCAAAGACCACAACAUUCCUCCCGAAUCUCCUAAAGCGUUGAACAAGCUCCAGGCAAGUGUUUCCCCACUUUCUAAAACAGUUGUGCUCAGUUUGGAUGUUUUUGCAUGCCCUUCCGAAAUCAAACUGUACUGUCUUCUCCCAUGAACUUAUCUCUGCUGGCUACAGUAUAUGUGGUAUUUGUUUGUGCUGGCAAAACGUAGAAGUCUGUUAUCAAACCGACAGACUCGUAUUACAUUGUGUUUUAUCAGUUGUUUUAGGUUUAUU